AAACAUGUCGACUGGGAUGACAGAAUUCUUUAUAUUAAAGAAUUCCACAAAAAUGAACUCGGCUACAAAUUCAGCAAGAUGUUGUGCUGAUGAGAACAAUGUCAAUGCGGAUUUGGAUUCGGAGCACUUUCACAAUUGCACUCCCCCUACUGAUGGUAUUGAUGAUCCUGGCGGGCCUUGGGCCAGCGACAGGAUACCCGAAUUACAGCUAUCCCUGGAAGUGGAAUCACUACAACAAAGCAGGGAGCCAACAGUAUAUCAGAGACCAAAAGGAUCCAAAAAGGCCAUUAAGGCCAAAGGCGAGUCAUGAGGAUCCUGAGGCUCUCUUUCGUAGGCUGGACGACAUGGAACGACGGAGUGAAAAGGAGCGGAUGGCGGAGAGGAUCAUGCAUCCCGAGUGGGAGAAGGGCAGCGUCCAGAUGAAUGCCUUUCACGGAGGUCCCAAAAUCUCACCUGCCCAGUUGUAUAGGGAUAACUUCUCGCACUAUGGAAGCGAUGUAAGUGACCACGGGGAGAUGGAACUGGACGAUCCGUUUGCCAGCAUAGCCCACGAUAGUUACAAUGCGCGCUCCGGCGAGGUGAUAAGCCCGUAUGAUUCCACCGAUCGGGAAAUUGAGAGAAUACUGGAGUACGGCAAAGACACUAGUCUGCAGGCCAGGCCCUCGAUGGCCAAGGCCAAUCUCCUGGCCAAGGUGGUCAGCAAUAAUGGCGACCAGCAAAUCAAGCGGCUGCCAACCAAAAACCUUCUUUGCACCCAGAGGCCCCAAACUUUCCCCACCAUCCGAACGCGGCCUACGACUACGACAAGGGCUACCACCCGCCAAACGACCACCACAAAAACUACUCGAAUACCUUUUUCCACCUUCUGCAUGCCUGACCCAACGACAUCUACGACCUUAAGACCACCUCCGUUGCCUCAACCGUCGCCUCAUCCGCCGUAUCAACCAUCGCCUUUGCCAAAGCCCAUUCCCAAGGACGAAUGUGGCAAAAAGUCCAAGAUACUAAACGCAUCCACAGCAAAGAUGAUCUUGGAGACGAUACUGGAAUCGAAACAGCACGCACUCGCUGUCCUGAAGAAUCUCAACUAUAUGGAGAUGGAGGUUCUCAGUCUGGCAUCCGAAACUUGCCCAAGAAUGAAUCCUAAGCCAAAGUUCGACAGCAAGCAUAGAGGACGCGUGAUGUCCACUAAAUAUGGCGAGAAAAUGGAAGCUCCCCGGAAGCCCCCAUCGACCAUCGGUCAAUCUAGCCCAGCUAGAGAAUUCCCAGCAUUCUCCUUCGGAAUACGACCCAUUAGCAAAGGAGAAAGUCCUACCGCUUUGGCCAUAGCCAGGGAGGAAGAGCUUAAACUGGAGGAACGGGUGUGGGACGAGCAUCUGAACCUGAUGCGGGCGAGGCGACCAUGGAAGCCCAAGAGGGCAAGGGCAGAAGCUGCACCGCCGGAAGCCGUUCAUCUGGAGCCCUUACCCAAUCAACAGCCUCAGGAUUUUCUGGAGGAGCUGGACGAAGAUGAACCAGUAGAAAAGGCAAAUCCACUGGAAUUUAGUGUUGUACACAUGCCAAUGGAGUCGGAGGUGCCAGAUGUGAAACAGCUACCCCAAGACCCACAUCGCAUCAAUGUGCAAGCCCUGAGUGUGAUUGUAAAACCAGUGGUACCCGCGGAACCCAGUGAAGAAUCUGUCCUGCCAGCCCCUGAUACUUGGGGCUCCCCUGUUUUGUCCCAAACGGAAAUGCAGGGUCCUUUGCGAAACGAGUGGGAACCGACAAAACACAGAAAAAAUAAUCGAAGAAGAAAGAAGAAAAAACAUAGAUUGUAUAAACAGCAGUAUCUGGAAAACUAUGAAUGGAAUUUUUUAUAA